AUGGCAGACGUAGAUACAGAAGCAUCAUCCUCCACAACCACCACUAAAGGUGGAAGCAAAAAGAAGUUUGAAGUCAAGCGUUGGAAUGCUGUAGCUUUAUGGAUUUGGGACAUUGUUGUGGAUAACUGUGCUAUUUGUAGAAAUCAUAUUAUGGAUCUUUGCAUUGAAUGUCAAGCAAAUCAAGCUUCAAACACAAGUGAAGAAUGUACAGUUGCAUGGGGUAUUUGUAAUCAUGCUUUCCAUUUCCAUUGCAUUUCUCGUUGGUUAAAGACUAGACAAGUCUGUCCAUUAGGUAUAACCGGUGAUUGGACUAAAAAAAAAUUCAUUUAA